AUGACACAUAGCAGAAUCCCGGUCUGGCUUGACUGCGACCCAGGGCAUGAUGAUGCGAUAGCGAUUCUCCUGGCUGUCCAUUGUCCGAAUAUCCAUUUACUGGGCGUUUCCACUGUGAGCGAUCUAGCGCCAGUAGAUGUUCACGCUCACCGUGGAGCAACUAAGCCACUGAUGCGGCCAGCUCGCCAUGAUCCCGAAAUUCAUGGUGAAGAUGGAUUGGGUGGCGUAGAAGGACUACCAACACUAGACGAUCCUGCUGUUAAUGAGAGGGUCCAACUCGAUGGCCGACGCCCAGCAAGCGAUGGGAUGGCGAAAGCGAUAAA